AUGGAACGAGAGUUGCAGCCUGAUGCUUCCUGGAAAGCGCAAUUUACUACACCAGAGCAAUCUCUGGAAGACCUAUGCCUCCAUCGCGUUAAGAUCUUGAGGCGCCAAAAUGUCUCAAUCUGCACGGUUGCUAUGAAGAUAACCGAGAACAACAAAGAAGAACUUGAGGGGGAAGAGACAGCUUUCAUUAAAGCUACCACAAAGUUCGACUUGAUAGACAAAAUAGCCGCGCAUAUUGAGAAUCCAAGAAACCUGGAUCACGCGAAAAACCCUCGCCAGCUGUUCAAAUUAUACGAUACUUACAUUGAUCGCAAUUUUGAGACUGAAGCCGUGGAGAAGUCAAAAAUGCUGCUUAGAAACGAGCUACUGGCAUUGGAGAACCGUAUUGAAAUUCGUGAAGACUGGAAAGGUUGGAAGAUUCCUUUACUAAAGUUUGCCUUUAUUCAAAGUCCAACUAAGGAAACCUUUAUAUCUAAAUUAAUCCAGGAUCCAAAACUUGCAGUUGGCUGUUGGAACGGGAACGAUGGAUCAUUUCGAGACAUGAAGAUGAAUACCACAUCUUCAACGAUAUAUGCGACAUUCGAACAAUUUAUAUAUCACGAUGAGGAUGACGAUAGUGAUCAUGACGGUAUCGAAGACGAAGAUGCACAGUGUUACAGUGAAGAUUAUGGAACCUCUUUGCGUGGAGAGGUUCUCGAGCAUGUGAAAGCACUGAAGGACCGAGAUGUCAUUAUCUGUAUAGUAGCGAUGAGGGCUAACAAACUUAUUGAGGAUCGGGACACAACGUUGAGUCGACCAUAUCUCGAAGACAGAACGCAACUAUAG